GCGAGUGCGGAGUACGUUUGCAAUCCUAUUUUAUAACUUUGUUUACUGCAAGCUUAUGUUGCCAUCUCGUUUUUGAUUCAUUAUUUUAAAUAUUUAAAUUGAUCGGAUUAAUUUAUUUAUUGAAUUGUAUUAGAAAUACAAUUGACUGAAACUUUCUACAUAUCAAGUUCCAUAAUGUUGGUAUUUUUCACUGCACUGUUGUCGUCUGCCGCCGCCGCGGACAUUUGCUGUUCCCCGGACCAAUGGCAAGGGGAUGUAGGUUUGGUUAUGGGAACCGUAAAGAAUGGCAAAACAUCUUUUACAGAGGGUAUGAUGAAAGUGUCUUAUGACGGAGUCAACCUGAUUGUUGCUUACGACCAAACUUUGCAGGUUGACACCUUUAAUGUACAGCAACGGAUAGUCAGCGAUUAUAAAAAUGGUGUAAUGUAUACAGUCAGAGACGGCGUUUGUAACCGAACUAUGAUCACUGAGCCAUGGGCCCCAUACUGUAUACCUGGCAAUGCCACAGAGACGACUGCAAAUUCCAGGUACGGUCUUGGAGAUAACUCUGUACGCAUCAAGGCUUACAAUAUGAAAAUAAGGGGAUAUGAUACAAAUAUUGCCGUAACCGCUGACACGUGUGUUCCUGUGUCAGAAGUAUCAACUGGAAUAAUGGAUCCUGUUUUUGCAGGAGAUAACACAACUGAGACGAUGCAGGCACUUACAUUUGCAAACCUUAAGGGUGGAAUAGCCAGCAGGGACGUGUUCUUUGUACCCGCACAAUGCCAGUCAGAAAACGUGAAGGUGCCAGUUGGUAGACGUUCAUUGUUUAUCCAUUAAAAUGAGUUCUUUGUACGCACAUUAAUACAUGUACAAAUAAACUGAAAUAGUAUAA